GCUCCACUUGGUUCACCGGUUCGUGUAGAGGCCAUGGCUUCAGUUAUGGUGCGGCUGUAUGAGGAAGUCCGGUCUAAUUUUCGCCCUGCUGAUAGAGGCCAUUACAUUUUCACGCCAAGAGAUCUGACUAAAUGGACAAUCGGAACGAUGCGGCAUGAGCUGACCGAUGAGUCAAAGGUGAUCGAAGUGGUUGCGUUCGAAUCAAGGCGGAUAUUCAUGGAUAAACUGGCGACUGAAGAGCACGCGGUUAAAUUUGAAGAAUUGCUGGCGUACGUCAUUCCUGCUGCACAAAGAGGAAGAGACCAACUGUACGUAACGACAGGUACGGUAGUACCAUCUCACAACAUCGUCGGUUUACCAUUGGUGCCACAUUCAAAGCGCGAUUAUCAGAGUAUUCUACAAAAGGCUGUCAAUCGAUACGAAUUCGAAGUGGCCAACUUCUCGAAUGCACUGACGGAUGAAAUGUGUGAGCUGUGCGCCCGUGUUGACCGUGCCCUCACCGCACCAGGUGGCUCACUCCUGCUAGCCGGUCGCCCUGGCCUUGGUCGAGCUGAUGCGAUCCGUCUCAUCGCCAACAUGCAUCAGAUGGCCCUUUUCACACCGAAAAUCACGCCUAACUAUGGACAAAAACAGUUUGAUUUGGAAUUGAAGAACGUCUUUCAAGACGUUUGUCCACCUUUGUUUCAGACGAUCCAGACGGCGAUUUCCAAUAGUGAACAUGUCGUAUUUCUUCUCGAAGACUACAAAAUUCUUCAGCCAAGUUUUCUCGAGUCGAUCAACUGCCUGAUUUCCAGUGGCGAGGUCCCUGGACUAUUUACUCCCCAGGUUGGAAUUUUACUUUUAUAG